CAAGAGAAAUAUACAGGUUUGUUUUGAAAUAGUGUAUUGAUGAUGACCAACGGAGUUGAACAACUGAUUAGAACCCUUGGGUUGGCAGCUACAUGGAAAAUAGGAGGCAAGUGAUUUGGUGAGUUAUCUCCCUUGCCCACUUGAGGCAUGUAAGCAUAAGAUCAUAUGUAACAUGACGUCAGGACGUUGCUGUGGAAUUAGCGCUAUCCCGCAGAGAGGCAAGCAACACGUGACUCACCAAGACGCCGUCGGUCUUACCCCAGAUCAGGGUCCACAUAUCAGGAACUUCCACCAAUUGUUUGUUUCUACUGACGAGUUAGAACACCACAAGGGACCCCAAAUGGACACAAUGUGAAGCAGUCGUUUACAUUCACAAUUUGAGACUCAUUAAAAGGAUAAUUGCUUUAACAAUCGACAACAUUUUGUGUGCUGCAUCUCUGGUUGUAUUUGGUGGGUUUUGAUAACGCUGCUAUUGGUUUCUAAACAUGCUUUUAUUAUAUGUAUGUCGACAACAUGUAUAUGUGAUAGAAAGACAAGGUGCAUGUUAUUGUAGUGUACUACGUGUUGUGUUUUCCCAAUAUUUUUUUAUACAAGGAAAAUAUAUAAUUUUAAGAUUAAAUCGGUUAUUGUAACAAACUAUCCGACAGAGAUAAACGUCUAUAUAACGUUCGUUCUGUCUAAUUACUAAUCAAGGAUAUAAGUUUUUAUUAUUGCUUUCAUCCGAUACUUAUUAAAACUUUGGUAACUACUGCCACGGCGUCCACGGCGUUCACAGUGUCUAAGUUAGAUAAUACCCAUGGCAUUUUUGUUUUAUUAUCCUAACACGUGCUGAGGCAAAGGUAGCGAGUUACCAGUAUACCCCGGCCCUGUUCAAUGCGCUGAAUGACGGACAGUCUGCAAACUGACACCACACUGUCAUCGGCAUUAUCUAACACGUGCCGAGGCAAAGGUAGAGAGUUACCAGUAUAUCCAGGCUCUGUUCAAUGCGCUGAAUGACGGACAGUCUGCAAACUGACACCACACUGUUAUGGGCAUGCGUGCCUCACAGGACACACGCACUGGGUUUAGUCUCAACCUGUAAUGAAACAUAAUAACUCGGCGGUCCUUUAUGUUUGUAGCACAAAUGUCCCAUAUCAUUUCAAUCUUGCACUACUGCCAACUGUUGUAUUCCUACACGCAUAAACAUAGCUGUUGAGCGCUUUCUGCAAUGGCGACUCGAGUGUGACAACCUACAGAGGUAACCAUCUAGUAUAUAAUGUCUUUUCACAGCUGACACGUAUUCGCAGGUUCUGAAAAUCAGGAAGUCUUGACAUUCCUCCUCAACCCCGACCGGCUAUCUGACCCAUGGUCCGUACGACAUACUUCUGAAAAUGAACGGACGUACCGCCACAUUUCUGGCCAUGUUCAUCUGCUUUCAGGAAUCCUUCACAAAUGAAUUAGUGGGUUGCUAUGGUGAUGGGUCAGAUGAAUCGGAUUUCUUUACACCUUCAUGCGAUAGUCCUAAAGUUAUUGUAAUCGAACAUAUUUACGCAUUUGCAAAGAAAGCAAAUCUUGGGUGUGCCCUGGCAGCAUUUGGAGCUGAUUAUGAUCGUGGGAAGUGUUGCACGUACGAUGCAAACGACUACAAGUCUCUUUAUAAGGGAAUAUCUCUCUCUGAAUACCUAUCUGCGUGUGUAGGGAAGUCAAGGUGCAUGAGGCCAGUGACCCGCCAGGGAGUAAACAUGACGUAUGUGGACGCUGGUUACAUGGCCUUCACGACAUACAUGGUCAUGGAUUUCUCCUGUGUCCUGGAAACGUAUAUACUGGAUCCUACGUCUAACCAGACAGCAAGUCAUACGACAGUAUUUAUUAAAAGCGAAGAGAACACGACCUCCAGGAACGAUGUUUCAUGUAGAGUAGCAGCACCCUGUGACACAUCAAUCAUCAUAGAAAGCAUCCAUUUCUAUUCCAACGGAUCACACACCAAUCUGGAAAUAACUGAUGGGAACAACUCUCAGACAUUGCUAUGUCCCGGGAAUAACUUCACUGGAGUCACCUACACCAGCGAGAAUUCCUCCGUCCAGAUAACACUAUCUAACAUGACUAAGGGAACAUGGUUAUGGGUACAAAUCAAAGGUUCAAACGGUGACGUGAUCAAUAUCAGUUGCAAUUCCGAAGAAGCUUCGUCUGGUGAAGCAUGCACAGCUGGCACUACUCGCUCUGGUUCCUAUGACGAAGACGUUGCUGGUUCCAUCUACUCUAAUAAUGUUAACUCUGUCUGUGAAAACGAUAAACGAGUAACCACCGUCGACCCCAGAUCCACAGGGACAUCAGCAGAACCAUCCCAGGGUACAAGCACUCCUGGACCUACAGGAUCAAAUACCCCCACAGAACCACCCCAGGGUACAAGCACUCCUGGACCUACAGGAUCAAAUACCCCCACAGAACCACCCCAGGGUACAAGCACUCCUGGACCUACAGGAUCAAAUACCCCCACAGAACCACCCCAGGGUACAAGCACUCCUGGGUCUACAGGAUCAAAUACCCCCACAGAACCACCCCAGGAUUCUUGGCAGAUACCAGUGGCAGUAGUACUGGUCGUAUUGGUUCUUGCUGUCAUAGCUGGAUACGUUAUUAAGAGGAAGUUCAGAAAAACACAGGGGGAGGUUAUUCCCCUGAUGAGUACAGAAGUACCCCCAGUAGCCCCUGCAACAACUGCACUAGUCCGUCGCCCCAGGCGCCUUGAGCCGCUGGAUGAUGACCCUUCACAUGACUCUCCGGCGGCUCCUUCUGUGGACACAGUACCUAAAAUGUGGCACACUGUCCGUUCAGCAUACACUGUUAACAAAGCAGCGACGCAGUUGUCCAAAAAUGGCGCAGUAAAGACAGACGUUUGGCAUCUCGAACCUCGAGGGAAAUAGUGUAACUCUGCAGUGACGACAAAGAAAAAGACAAUCAUGAAGGCAACAUGCCUGCAAGCAUUUGUCGUGUGACAACGCUACGUGUACAUAUGGACUUAGUCGUGUCAGGUGAACUGUUGUUUGGUGCUGGUUUCCGCCUAAAGAUGUUCCGGUUCAACCCUAUCUAUGGUCAUUACUUGAUGGAAUAUGUUUCUCGUUUAUAUGAACUUAUUUCGACUUAUAACACAAAUCUUUUCAUAACAUAUAUUAUAUGGAUAUAAAAGUCUAAGGCUCAGGUGAUCGGCUGACAAAAUUAAUGCAAACACAUAAUGAGGCAUCUGUAACCAAAAUAGAGUGAGAUAAAACAUGAUCAUUCUCAUGUGGCAGUACAUGUUGUUGAAGGCAGUGAUAACUGUUAGUGGCAGUACAUGUUGUUGAAGGCAGUGAUAACUGUUAGUGGCAGCAAAUGAAUGAAGCAGUCGUACAAUAUCUAGUGCCUUGACUACACCGAACGUGCACCGGACUUGCGACUUGUGUACAUGCCAAAUGGGGGUGGUAUUUAUCUGUCCCUGGCGGUUCCGGAUCGUGAGUGCAGUGACAUUUAUUACAGGGCCAGUUAUUAAUUGCUGCUCCCACGUAUAUGACCCAAUGUUUUGUCUUUUCUGAAUGUAAACCUAAAACUGUGUGUUUGAUUACAACUGGUUAACUAUUUAUGUGUGUAGUUAAUUACUGAUUAGACACGACACUGUGUACGAACCGAUUCCUUGGUUAACCGAUGCGUUUCAAUUUUGAAUGACCUUGUAACAUAAAAAUGAGCUACAAAUAAAUCAUGUUUUUAAAAGUUAA